AUGGGAUAUGUUGUGGAGCCUGUUCAGCAGACGCAAACCAUCGGAUUUCAAGACAAUAUAUCUUCUGUCCGUGUGUAUAAGGGACCAAACUUCUCGUCAAAUCCGAACUAUAAAGUCAUCUUUUAUCAGCACGGUAACUUCCACGGUCAAAAAUUAGCACUCGGUCCCGGAUUUUAUCCGAACCUGCACGAUACCUCUUACAACUUCGCCGACAGAAUCUCAUCAAUCAACUUCGGUUCCACACUGGAAGUGGUUGGACCAGAAUGGGGCACUAUCCCCCUGAUUGUGGAUUGCUACGAACACGUCGAAUUCCGCGGCAGAAAAAUCACUAUCCUGCGCGACAUCGCCAACCUGCGGGAUGCGCAAGGCGGAACUUGGUUUGAAGACCGGAUUUCGUCAAUCCGUAUUUCCAAAGGACCGGAUUUCCCGCCACACGGAGCGGAGGUCGUCUUUUACGAACACCCUGACUUUGAGGGCAUGCCCCUACCUAUCCGUAUGGAACCGUCGGAAUAUAAGAAGGAGUUGCCGAACCUCCAUUUACUCCCUCAAAACUUCGGGGAUUCUAUCUCCGCUGUGAAGAUUGAAGGAUGGGCAUCUUCCGGCGAGUUCACAGAGAUGGUAUUUGAAGAUGAGUUCAUCGGAAACCGUAUGCGUCCGGAAUGGCGAUGGGAAGAUCCCGAAAGGCGGCGGUUCCUGGGCAGAACGCCAAGGCUACUUAGAAAUGAAGACUGA